AAAAAGCAGCUCGGUUUGUGUGGGAGUGAGAACACUAGAAACGGGGGGGUCAAAAACACUCCGUCGCUAUAGCAACAGACUCAGCCUUCAGCACGAGAGACUGGGCGCGAGCGGCGCGCAGGCUUUUGUCCGCCUGAGAGCGCGUGAGGGAGAGCGGAGAGUUCCCUCAGAACCGGCGGCUCACCGACGCUUUUCUCCGGUUGAACUCUGUUCCUGACAGGCUGGACACAAUGACGCGGAUAACGAAGCGCUUCUCUGAGGGCGAGUGGUGUGAGGAAGGAGAUGACGGCCAACAAGAACUCAAAGGCCACGCCCAAAGCAGGAGGGGCUAAAAGGACUGAGGAGAUACCUGACAGGUGCCAGUCUGUGACCCCACCUGCUAUUCUUUCUGCUGUAAAGGAACCGUGUUGCGCGCAGUCCAGUGAGACAGAGGACGCCGAUAUCCAGAGCGGAUACGCCAAAGCUGACGCAAAAAUCCAGUCUCAGGGAAACUGGAGUCAGAAAACGGCUAGCCUCCGCACUGGCUCCACGCUCCCCACCGAGUCCCAGAGUCUUAGACUCACCAAGACCAAGAGUAUCGGCUGUCUGGAGAAGAAGCUCAGCAUCUACAAGCCGUCUGGUGGAGAGGACCAAGAGCAGAAGGAGAACGAACCUAAGGAGAAACCUUCUGGAGGAGAUCCUGGACCUCUCCACUGGAGUACACUGUCUUUAGCUUCCUCGUCCGCUAAGUACGCUCACAGACGCACUCUGUCACUCAGCCAUAACGGCACCGGGACCUCGUCUGACACGAUCCGAAAGAAGAUCUCAGAAUGGGAGUGUCGGAACAUGUCUCUUCCUAAGAUGAGUCUGUGCCUGGACAAGAGGUCUGGCGGUGGGAGUGAAGGCUGCCCCAGCCUCUUGUCCUCUCCUUGUAGUGAUAAAACCUUCGAGUGCAAAUCCACCCGCAGGAUGAGUGCGGCGUUUUCAGAGUGUUCCUAUCCGGAGACCGAGGAAGAGGACGGAACCUCGGACCGAGAGUGUAGCGGACGGAUGCAUAAGAGAGAGGGACAGAAGACGUUCGUCCGCACCCUUUAUCCUCGUAAAGAGCCGUCGGCCGUGCUGAACCGGAUACAGAAGAUCGAGCAGGCUUUGAAAGACAGUCCGUCCCCUCCUCCAAAGUAUCUGAGCAACUGUUACGGCUUGGACAAGUCACGAAAGUCUUUCACCAUUUCGUCACGUCAUGAGGACUUGGACAGCACGUGUGACAGCAAGCGGAGCAGCAUCUGUUCUGUCGCCACUGAGCCAGACGCGUACCCCUCCUCAGAAAAACUCUCAAAGUUCAGACAGAGGUUCAGCGUGGCCUCCUUCAUGUCAGAGACAGCAGAACUCCCUUGUGCACAAGGCCCACCCGGCCCACCCGGGGUGACCCCCGUCAACCCCUUACCUAAACCCAAGCGCACUUUUGAGUAUGAUGCUAAUCGGAGCCCAAAAGACUCUUCGCCUAGCAAUGGAAUACCUCCGAAUCCCAACACUCGCGGUCCCUCGGCUGCGCUUAAGACACCUGAGGGCUCGUUCAAGAGAAUACAUGAGAGGGAGUCGUGUGAGUCUGAAGAUGCUGGGAGUCUGCCUUCAUCUUACCCCUCCUCACCCACAGAAAACGGCACGGAGAACCACAGUCGCCCCAGCUCUAAAAGCACUCUGGAGGAAAACGCUUAUGAGGACAUUACAGACUCUAUGAAAGAGAAUCCGUAUGAGGAUGUGGACCUGAAGGGGAGAGCUCUGGCUCGCAGGUCUCGUCUGUUACCCGAGAGGUCUAGUGACUCACUCAGCAGGACGUGGACCUCCCAAGACAGGAAGUCCACUACACCUCCCCAGCUCCCGUCUAAGCCGAGCAGUCAGUCUCUGCGUCUCCUGGGUCAGACAGACAGGAAGAGUCACCGCUUGUCUCGUUGGUCUAAGAGACACAGUCACGAUGACGUGUUGCUGCUGCCCCAGCUGUCGUCUCCCUCCUGCGGCCUGCUGGACGACAGCCUCAGCAGCGCCAGUGACACGCUGGCGUCCCGCAGACAGAGACGAGUCCCCAAGGUGGUGCAGAGAGUAAACUCUAUCUUCUGUUCAAAAAGAGGGAAGAAAAGACUAAAGAAGCUCUCACUGAACAAUAUAGAGACGUCCUCUCUGAGAGAUGAUAACAGUGAGAGUGAGAGUGACUCUGAUGACAGGUUCAAAGCUCACACUCAGAGACUCCUGAAGCUGCAGUCGAUUCUCCUCCGUGCCCCGAGUUACCGCACGCUGGAGCUGCAGCUGCUCGAGUGGCAGGAACGUGAGCUGUUUGAGUACUUUGUCGUGGUUUCUCUGAAGAAGAAGCCCACUAAGAACUCGUACACGCCGGAGGUCUCCUACCAGUUCCCCAAGCUUGAGAGGCUGACGAAACAGAUGCGAGAAGCCGAGCAGCGUCUCAAAGCCAUUCCACAGUUCUGCUUCCCCGACGCUAAAGACUGGAGCCCCGUGUCUGAGUACAGCAGUGAGACCUUCUCUUUCAUGCUGACAGGAGAAGACGGAAGUCGCCGUUUCGGAUACUGCCGCCGACUCCUGCCGAGCGGGAAAGGGCAGCGACUCCCGGAGGUGUACUGCGUCAUCAGCAGGUUGGGGUGUUUCGACCUGUUCUCUAAGAUCCUGGAUGAAGUGGAGAGGCGGAGAGGGAUCUCAGCGGCUCUGGUCUACCCCUUCAUGCGGAGUCUGAUGGAAUCUCCUUUUCCGGCUCCCGGAAAAACCAUCAAAGUCAAAACCUUCCUGCCUGGUGCAGGCAACGAGGUGAUGGAGUUGAGGAGGCCGAUGGACUCCAGGUUGGAGCACGUGGAUUUCGAAAGCCUCUUUAGCUGUCUGAGUGUGAGACAGGUGGUGUGUGUGUUCGCCUCGCUGCUGCUGGAGCGCCGGGUCAUCUUCGUGGCCGAUAAGCUCAGCGUCCUGUCUAGCUGUGUGCACGCCGUGGUGGCUCUGCUUUACCCGUUCUCCUGGCAGCACACUUUCAUCCCUGUCCUUCCCUCCUCCAUGGUGGACAUCGUUUGCUGCCCGACGCCGUUCCUGGUCGGGAUCCUGUCUGGCUCGCUGCCUAAACUCAAGGAACUGCCGGUUGAGGAGGCCUUGAUGGUUCAUCUAGGAACAGAUCGCUUCAUCAGACAGCUGGACGACGAGGCUUCGCUGCUUCCACGCAAGUUACAGGCCGCGCUGGAGCAAGCUCUGGAGCAGAGGGACCACAUCAUCGAUCAGGACUCGAACAGCGAGUCAGACGACGAGUGUAACUCGCUGGACAGCGUCGUGUCCGAGGCCUUCAUUCGCUUCUUCCUGGAGACCAUCGGACACUACUCGCUCUUCCUGACGCAGGGUGAGAGAGGUGAGCGCGUGUUCCAGCGUGAAGCGUUCCGCAAGUCCGUGGCCUCCAAAAGCAUCCGCCGCUUCCUGGGAGUCUUCAUGGAGUCUCAGAUGUUCGCUGGAUUUAUCCAGGACCGGGAGCUGAGGAAGAGCAGAGCUAAAGGUCUGUUUGAGCAGAGAGCGGAGCAGUACCUAGAGGAGUUACCUGACACCGAGCAGAGCGGAGUUAACAAGUUUCUCAAAGGACUAGGUAAUAAAAUGAAGUUUCUCCAUAAAAAAAACUGAUGGUGUGGAACCCAAGAGAACCAAGGUCGUCUUUCCAGCACUACAUGUGAAGCCUUAACACAACUUCUAUAUCUGAAGAUUUGAGCUGUUAAAUGUCUUGUAUAUAUUUAUGAAUUAUGAUGUAGCUGCCUUUAUUUCGUUUCCUGGUACUGUGUGUAUGUGUGUGGUUCUGUGAAGAUACUGGUACAGCACUACUACGGUGUGAAUGAGAGUGUGUGUGUGAGAGAGGGAGAGCUGAGCUGAAUAGAGAGUGAAUAAAUGGAAACGAGUUUAAGGUGGAUGUACAGACACUGUGUAGUAUUUAACGCCAUUUUGUACAUGUAUUAACACUUGAAGAUUCUCGUACUUGCAAAUCUUUGUAAAAAAAUAAAUAAAAUCAAUAAAGCCUUUCAGAUUAUUCA